AUGUGGGUUAGUUCUCUCGUGAGAGUUGAGAGACAUUUCAAAGUGACAUACUUUGAAAAAAAAUUUAAAAAUGACGAUGUAAUCCUAAUAAUUACUGAUAAAUUAGCCAAAGAAAUAUUUGUUCAUUACACAUGCCGAAACUCUGCUGCUCUGCAAAUUCUUUUGUUAGCUACUCUGCUAACAAAAACAAACACCUCUGCUCUGAAAAAAAAUAUAUCACAAUGCAACUCUGUAAAGGAAGUCAUAAGCACAAUAAAAAUUUUCAGACAUUUUGUGAAAGACAACCACAGGAAGAAGGUAAGAAUUUACAAACGAUUUUCACUGGUAAAUAUCACCAGCUUUUCCAGGCAAAGAAAACGCAAGAUGAAUGCAGAAGAAGUUAACGAAAAUUCAAAUGACGUCAAUGAUUAUGAUCAAACUGAUGCAGAAGAAGAUUAUGUCAGCGUUAGUAGCGAAGCGGGAUCAACUGGCAACAAAAGGAAGCCAUUAAAGCAGCCGGAAAUUGAGACAUACUUCAGAAGCGAAAAAACAAUGAAAAACGAUGAAAAGUCCCCGUCAAAUGAUGAAGAAUUAGCUGAACAGGUGGAAAAACAAUUAAGCGUAAAUGGAAACGAAGAAACAAUUCAUAGAGAAAAACUUCUUCGUGAAUAUAUUGAAGAACUAGAAGGAGCCUUCAGGAAAAAAGAUGACGAAACGGAAACGCUAAGAAAACAGAUGAGAGACAUGGCACGCAAUUUUGAAGCACUCAAAAAGCAACAAAAAAAUGAUGAGAUGAAAGCUACAACAUCCUCUGCUGAUGCAAUGAUGGUUCCAAUAUCUUCUGCAUCUGAUCCAAAGGCUCGAACUUUCCCAGCUGGUUCACCAAAGGAUUCAAAUUCUUUUGCUGAUAAACUUAUUAAUGCCAAAACGUCCGAUGAAAGCAAUCAGAAAAAAUCUGUCGCUGCAUCCAGCAGUGGCCUUGCUUCAAACCACGUGAUGAUUAAUGAAGAUUUGUUGGAAGAAGCGGUGUCUUUGUUCAGCAAUCCUGAACUUGUCGAAGCGGAUAAUUCAAUCUUCAUAGCAUUCGUUCCCAAAGGCUACCCAAGAGUUGUCUUUGAUGAAAAUGCUAAGAAGAGCUUCAAUGAAUUGUUAACCAAAAUUGGCAACAAUUGCAUCAGGGAAGUGAAGAAAGCAGCUGCUGGUCCUAGUGAUGCAAACAGGCACAUCUUCGAGCAACUUGAUUUUAAAAGUGGAGUUGCAAUUCAGAAAGCAGCAGAUGUUGUCACAGCAGCAUUGACUAAAGUUCAAGUCGAGAACACAGCAUGGAAGAGAUACCUCAGUUUCCAACCAUUGUGUGUUCCUCUCAAACAGGUAACACUUGCGUCAGCUUAUACUUUGCGCAUCCCAAAUAGUAAGGCAACUUUUGAUGAAGCGGCUGAAACAAUACAAAACAGCAGCGAACAUGAUUUGGAUAUCAAGAACUGGAGGAUGACGGUGCUUUUUAAAAAUGAGGCUAAUGACUUUAAGAAGUUUCUAUUCAUUAGCCCAAGGAGUAUUGAUCAUCUGAUGGAUUAUCGAGGAAUUUUUAUGACAAAGUUUGGAACUCACAAGAAACGAGCCAUCAUCAAGAAAGCAGGAAAUAGAAGCUUAACAAGCUACGAAUCAGAUGAAGCUGCUGCAGAAGGCACUGAUGAAGUUUUCACCAACAGAAAGAGGAAGAUUUCACUCUCAGAGCUUUAUGAGAAGAUUGCCAAGAAAGCAAAGGAAGCUAAAGAACGCUCAGAAGAAGAAGGAAAGGAAUAA